AUGGAAGAGGUGUUCAAGAUCAACGGUGACAAGGCUUACAGGCUUCCUCAUCUCAAGAAGGACAAAGCAUACAAGGAAAGUGGUCAGAUACUGCGACUCAACUGCGAUGAACAUGUGUGCUCUGCGCUCGAUGCCAUGGAUCGGCGCUUUGA